AUGGGCGAGCUUGUUUGCAUAGACUAUCAGCGAUUUAUUGGAAGUCAAUACUAUCAACAACCAAACAUUCAAUCAUUGGAUCCAAGUUUAUUUCUAAGAACGCUGAAUACAGAAGAUAGUGUAGUAGCACCACCUUCGUUACAAACUACUAGUACUGUCUAUCAAGUCGGUUCAUCCAUACUGAGUUAUAAUACAGCUCGAAGUGCACUUAGCUACCUUUCUUUACCAGUGAGUCUAUUCAAUAAUCCAUUGUGUUCGGGAUCGCAAACGAUCACUUAUAUGAAUGAUUUUACGUCAACAUGCCGUCAAUUGGUAUCAAAUAGUACAUGCAACAACGCUUUGAAUCCAAUGACAUAUUUGAAUGCUCUCUGUCUUAUUCAAUCUCCGUCACAAUCCUCUAACGCUACAGGACGUAUUGGUGGCUGUACAACUCUUGCUUCUUCAAGUUUUACUGGAAGCACUUGUACAAGUGCUCUUAAAAGUUUAGCUGUUCAAAUUUUGUAUUCCAAUCCAACUGGAAUAGUAAGUGUGAAUGUCACCCCUAUAUACCGUGACGCAUCGAUUACUACAUCAUACGAACAAGCAUUCACAGUUCAAUUUAUUGAAAACACUCCAUCACCAGCGCCAUCAAACGCAAUACGUAGUCCAGGCUAUCUUCAAGGUUCUAGCAUUGCAAUAGUCACCGUAAAUCGUUCUACCAUCCACACAAUGAGUUCUUCACAAUUUUCAAUUCUCAAACCAUUAUCGGACGGUUCUUGUGGUGUAAAUAGUGCAGGUAUACCAAUUGUUUUUGGCGAAAAUGUUCGUUCCACAUGUACAUACAGCACAACUACUACGGGGACUUGUCCUACUGGUUUAUAUUUUUUAUUGAUGCCUGUUACUUUACGUUCUCUUUAUGUUGCCGCCUAUAAUUAUUCAAAUCCGACGAAUGUUACCACUGACUGGUUACCUGUUAUAUCGUGUACAUCCGAAAUAGGAUCUCCAAAUACGGUUCAAUGUCAAGAUGGAAUUCUAUUAGAUGGAGAUUCGCCCACUCAAUGCUAUGUUAAAUUGGAUAUUCAAAUAGCUUAUACGAACAUUGGUUCUUUUUACAAUCCACAACAUACAUUGAGUGCAGUUAUCUUCAAUUAUCAAUCAGUUCCAAGUUCAAGUCUGACAAGUUCGUCAUUUCUCGUGAUGGAAAGUGUUACUUUUCAAGAUAUAUCAGGUGCAACUGCUAUUAUAGAAGGCCAAAUACCAACACCAGAUACUAGUUUACCAGUCGAUUUCUUCUAUCCAUUUUCUACAGGUCAAGCAACGAAAUCUAUAACAAACUCAUUAUUUUCUUAUGUUUUAAUUAGUAUUCUUUUCAUUCUCGUGUAG